CAGGAACUUCCGCCACGGAGACGGAGCAUGUCCAUUGUACGAGCUGUUCUGAAAGAGUGCCGCGAUUGUUGAGUAUGCAGUAUCUUAAGUGCGUGGUUUCUUCAAAGUUGUAACAUUAGAUGUAGCCGAUGGUCGUCUUUUAGCUUGAAAUCGUAUGAGAUUGUUGUCACAUUUAAAUUGUCCGGAAGGUAACGUGCUGUUAGUGGGAAGAAGUGCGACGGUCUCACCAUAGGAAUUUGUUAGCGGCAGCUCAGCCACCUUGCGGUCCUGCUAGCACAGUGGCUAGGUAACAUUAUCUGCAGCUUUGUUGUGGCGUGAAUCUGACGGAAAUCUGUAAGAAUAUGUUCUACAUCGGAGGUGACUACGCUUCGACAUAAGUGGCCGGAGUCCAAAAAUAAACAACAAGCUGUUAGCCCUCGAACUAGCCACUUAGCCAAGCUAACUAGCUAGCUAACGUUAACGCUACGGGAUUGUCUUUGACAAAAGGGCAACCCGUCAACAAGAGACUUUGAAGCCAAACGCGGGUUUCCUAUUUUUUGUAUUUAUUGAGCUUGUGCACGAGGAGCAUUACAACAGCACACGAUGAAUGGAUUUAGUACUGAGGAAGACAGCCACGACGGACCUCCGGCUCCGCCGUUUUAUGGACAGAGCUGCUGUCUGAUCGAGGACGGAGAGCGCUGCGGCCGGUCAGCUGGAAACGCCUCCUUCAGCAAGAGGAUCCAGAAGAGCAUAUCACAAAAGAAGCUGAAGCUUGACAUUGACAAGAGCGUGAGACACCUCUACAUCUGUGACUUCCAUAAGAAUUUCAUUCAGAGCGUCCGCAACAAAAGGAAGAGGAAGACCAGUGACGAUGGAGGGGAGUCCCCGGAUCAUGAUGUGGAGGUCCCUGAGGUGGACCUGUUCCAGCUGCAGGUGAACACGUUGAGACGCUACAAGCGACACUACAAGCUGCAGACCCGGCCUGGACUCAACAAGGCCCAGCUGGCAGAGACGGUGAGUCGUCACUUUAGGAAUAUUCCGGUUAACGAGAAGGAGACGCUGACCUACUUUAUUUACAUGGUGAAGAGCAGCAAGAGCCGCUUGGACCAGAAAGGUGACGGCGGUAAACCGCUGGACUAAACUUGGCAACACAAAGCACAAUAGCUAAAUUAUAAUCAUCAAUAAUCCACAGCUAUAUGAAAAACCUGGACCCACUAACAACAACAACAGAAACCUGCAGCCCUGCACCGUCCUCUCCUCUGUAGAGACCAGAACACAAACUCUUGUCGUCCUUAGAGGAAAUUAAUUGGAGGAGAAUUCAGGGUGGGAUGAGAUAUUUCUUGCUUAUUAUGCCCUUUUCAUAUAAAAACUGUCUCUGCGCAUGUUGUCACAUUGGUCAUUUUCUCUCCCUCCACUCUGAAAAAACUGUUGAGGUCCCGGGACUCACUCCACAGGGUUUUAUGUCGUCAUGCUGUAAUGGAAUCUGUCAAUAUGUACAAAAGAACAGUGUCCAAUCUUAAGUAAGUUGGUUAACUGCAAAGUACAAUAUAGCUGCCUUAAGAGUAAAAAAAAAAAAGAAAUGUUUUUUCUGUAAAUUUGGGGGAAUUUUCCUUUAACAAGUAGACUGUUAACACUUUCUCGGAGAGGAAUGCUUGUGCCAAACAGAAAGGUUUGUUGGAAUUGAAUGAUGAGUGGGUUUUUCUUUUUUUUUUAUCGUGAAUGAAUUGUUGGAAAUGGGUGCUGCCUUUGCUCAAGUUACAUCCAGCAUAUCAAGGAUCAGAGUCAGUUUAACCAGAUUAAGAAUUCUUGAUUCUCAAUAAUGAAAAUAAAAGAAAGCUGAUCUCGGUCCUAAUAUUUAAUCUUUAUUCGCCCUUUUCCAUCUGGAUGUGAUGCAUAUAAAGACCGAUGGUGGUGAAUGAUGUAGCACUUAGCUACGCCCUACUCUCUACUCCUUAUUAGCUGUUUAAUGUACUUAAGAACACAAACAUCCCCGGUGUUGGUAGCUUAUUUCAUUUUAUUUUCUUUGUAACCCAGUUUUCUACUAAAUGUUUUAGUUCAUCCUCAAAUUGUAUAAAGUCUGUGUGCAUAUAUGAUUUAGAAUUUUUUUUCUCCCGUUGUGUGUGUGUGUGUGUGUGUGUGUGUGUGUUUGCACCAUUUUGAUAUUUAAGAGCAGUGUUUAUAUUGUACUGAGGUCUUGAUUUGAUACUUAAAAUACCCAGAUGCAUUUCAAAAAGCGGGUUUUCUCUUUUGAAUAAUUAAUGACAUUAAAAAAGAAAAUAGUAAUGCGUGCCUUACAUAUCGGCCAGCAAAAAUGAUAAUGUCAGUAGAAGUUGGCUAAUUCUAUGAAAACUAUAACUCAUUUUUAUUCCCAGAUGAAUUAGGAUUGCUUAUUGACAUGCUUACCCUAAAUGUCAUGAAGGAAAGGUCUAGUUUGGCACCAAAAGUGGCAUCACAACAUAACAGGAUCUUUUGUGGUUGUUUAUUGAGUUUAUGAGCAUAUGUAAUUGUUUACUGUGUUAAUUUAUGAGGUUCAGUUGCUCUGCAUCUUUGCAAUUAUAAUAUUUCACAUAAUGGGAUUCAGGAUUCAUUGUUAGAAGAAUUGUCAUUUUCUGGACCUUAUGUGUCAAUAAUAUUAAGCCACAGCUGUUAUGGGGAAAGUAGCCUUUGGCAGGUAGCCACUUGUGUGACCUUUUGCCAUCAACAUUUGGUAUGAUGAUUCUAACACUGCUCAAAAACUAAAUUGUAUUUAUAUUCCUAACUCUCAGCUAACCCAUCUAGACAAUUGACAACUAUGUGUUUUGCAUAUUCCCACAACAACUGUUCUACAUCUCCAAUUCUUUUUUGUUUUUUUCAUUGUGGUGACAACAUUGUACACACAGUUUUGGAUAUGUUGGGAUUUUUUUUGGAACUGCAUCCUCUCACACGUUUUAUUUAAAGUUGUUCACCAAAAUGAGUUGUCUUCUUUCCACAAAGGUUUUAUUUUUAUUUUAGUGUCUGUAUAUUUUCAGUUCUGCUUGUAGGUUUUAGUUUCAUGUAGACAACACCCAACUUUAACAUAUAGGCCAUGCCACAUUAACCUAACUGUUGUAUUAGAAAGAAAACAUAUUUAAAUAUGGUUGCUUAUCGCUCCUUAUAAUAAUAAAUGUAUUGUACAGAUGGAAACAA